GGAUUAAGUUACCAAAGCGGUGUAAUUCUGCCGCGCUAGCUCAGCAGUGAGUGAUCGGUGUCGGUUAUUUUUUGAGUCCAGCUCCCUCCUUGCACCCCACUACCCCAAGCUUUUGACACCAUCUCCAUAUCGCAUGGCUACAGUAAAUAGCAAACUAUCGCCCUAGACUUUAAAAAUGGCCGAUCAUACAGCAACGCUCAGCGCCCUUCUUCGUAAUUCUUCAAUUACAGACCAUGACGAAAUCCUCAAAGCUACAAAUGACGUAUUAAAGACUUCUAAACUCGACCCGGAUGUCUUGCACACCCGCGCCGUUGCUCUCCUCAAACUCGAUCGAUUUGACGAUGCACUAAAAGCCCUCGAGGAAGGUGGAGAUAAAUUGGCGUCUCAAUGUAUUCUCGAACGCGCCUAUGCUCUCUACAAGACAGGGAAACUGGCAGAUGCGGCGAAAGUAUGUGAAGAGGGUAAUAGUAGGGGCCUGAAACAUGUUGCUGCGCAGGUUGCGUAUCGUGCUGAAAGGUUUGCGGAUGCGGAAAAAAUUUAUAGGCAGCUUGUAGAAAGUGCAGGGGCUGAAGUUGAAGAUAUGGAUUUGAGGAUUAAUGGACUGGCUGUGGAAGCGCAAUUGGCGUGGCAAGGCGGGAAAGGUGAAUUGAAGAGCAGAAAUGAAGAUCUAGAGACGUUCGAAACGUCGUACAACGUUGCUUGCGGGCACAUUGCUAAGGGCGAUUAUAACAAAGCAAACUUCUUGUUGAAGCGGGCAAGGGAUUUGUGUGAGGCUCUGGACGAAUUGAGUGAUGAUGAAAAGAGGGGAGAAGUUUUACCUAUUAUGGUGCAACAGGCAUUUGUGCUGACGAAGUUGGGAAAAACUGCGGAGGUCGAUGUGUUAAGAAAGAUGAUUACACUCGCAGAGUAUGUUUGCCGCAUUUGUCAAGAAACUUUGAAGCUGACCAAUACAGUGUGCCCGAACCUCAAACCAGAAUCAUUGCCCAAAAUAAUGCCUUAGCUACAUCAACCGAUAUCGAAAAUCCCUACCUCGUGAAACGGAUCUUUGACUCAGUUCCCAACUUGUCGCAUAGAGAGAAGCAAUUUGAGCACCAAGUGAACAUUCUGGAACGAAAUCAUUACACAAUCGAACUCCAGGCUUUGAAGUAUGGAGGAGUAGCUAAGUCUACAUUGUCAGCAAUCUCAAAAUCGCCAUCACCAACUGUCUCACCGUCGAUCAACAGCCUUUCCGUUCUUAACGCUGCAGCUCAUGCAGAAGACAAAGAGGGGAAGGCUGCAUUAAAGCAGAUACUACGACUACUCGAGAAACGACCAAACCAUGUUGGGUUAAUCCUUACGAUUAUCCAACUUUACGUUUUGACGAAUAAUCCUGGCCCAGCGAUUUCCCUUCUAGAAGCAUUCUUCAAGCGUCUCGAGGAGUCUACUAAUUCGUCAGAUCAAGAUGUUCGAUAUGCACCUGGUUUAGUAGCGCUUCUCGUCUCUCUCUAUCGUUCAACUGGUCGCACGACCCCUAUAAAAGCAGAGCUUGGAAAAUCAGCUUCUUAUUGGCGGCAGAAAUCAGAACCCUCCCCUUCUCUAUUCCACGCAGCAGGUAUCUCCCUACUUGAAUCCUCUGAUCCUGAAGAUUCCAAAGCAGCAGGCGAAAUUUUCUCUUCCCUUCGCUCUCAAGAUUCUACCGAUCGUAUCGCAAUCGCCGGAUGUGUCGCGUCAUACGCUUCAUCCGACUUCUCCAAAAUCUCCUCAGACCUCAAUACCCUUACACCAAUUCCCCAACUCAUCUCUGGUAUCGACGCUGAAGAAUUAGAAAAUGCCGGUAUCCCAACCCUACCAUCAAAUAAUGCCCCAGUGUCUUCCGCAGAAUCACUCAAUUUAUCAAAGAAACGCGCCUUAGAUGAGAAAGAAAAUGAUGCUCCAGCUAAAAAGCAAAAGACAAUAGGAACGCGCAAGUCUAAAUUACCAAAGGAUUUCGAGGAGGGUAAGAAAAUGGAUCCGGAGAGAUGGUUACCGCUUAAAGAUAGAAGUUCUUAUAGACCAAAGGGGAAGAAGGGAAAGAAAAAGGCUAUGGAUACCACUCAAGGAGGUGUUGUAAGGGAAGAUGCCCUUGACGGUGUCGAGGCACCGGGUAGUGGGAAGGUUGUCACAGGUGGCGGGGCUGCAAAAGGAAAGAAGAAGAAGGGAAAGCGGUAGAGGUUGAGGCGAGGAAACGAGUGCAAAGUAAAUAAGGAGAUCUUCCUAGAAAACUACAGGGUUUGAGUGUAUAGCCUUUUCGUUUUAAAAGCAUUUCUCGAUGUGUAGAUAAAUAAAAUAAUUUUGCAAUGAGUUAGAUACUUAGGUAUAUACUCAUUUACAUAGGCAUAUGAAU